UGUGACAUUUCGCAGCUCUUCACGACUAAUAAAGCCGCCCAAAGCCACCGGUUUCAAUGAAAGUCUCAUAACUAGAGAAUAAACCCAAUCAUAACCAACGAUGCCUCCACUCAGGCCUCUGGCGUCCACCCCACGCCUCCUCGCCAGACCAACCCUUACUCUACCAAUCCGAACGUUCACCACCAGUACCCCCCAACAAAGACAAACCCCAACCCAUCUAACCGUCCCCUUUGACCAAGUCCCCGACUAUCCUUACGGCCCCUUCCGGUGGUACAAGCAACGCAACGUGGGUCUCUACGGCCACGCCAAAAUCCGCUUCGGCAACACCGUCUCGAAACCGCACAAUAUCAAGCGACCGACCCAAUGGCGACCGAACCGACACACGAAGCGUCUCUGGAGUCCCGCGCUUGGCAUGUUCAUCCGGACGCGCCUGACGACGCAAGUCCUCAAGACGGUGGACAAGCUGGGGGGUAUCGACGAGUAUCUUAUGGGGACGAAGCAGAGGCGCAUUAAGGAACUUGGACCGGCGGGGUGGCGGUUGAGGUGGAAAGUUAUGCAGAGUCCGUUUAUACAGGAGAAGUGGGCCAGGGAACGGGAGGCGCUGGGGUUGCCGCCGAAGGAGACGCAGAUGGUCGCCGGGUUGGGAGGAGAAGGGGAGCCAACGGUGGCAGAAAUGAACGUCGUGGAUGGGAUGCUGCAGAGGGGGGAGGAGUUUGUGCUUGGUGAGGAGGAUGUGCUGGAUCGCGAGGCAGUCGGCGAAGGCGCAGUGCUGGAAGAGGCGGCUUCGUACCAUGAGGCGUUGGCUGGGGAGAUGGCGAAAAACGUGACGGCUAGCCAUGAGGUCCGCCAGGCUAUCAACGAAAUACGGGAGAGGCGUGCAAGGAAACAGAAGACGGUAUAGAUAAAAGAAAAGACCGAGGUAACGCAUUGCUGUACGAUAUCCAUGUACAAGUACAAAAGAGGAAAGAAAUACAUCGAGACGCUAGUCUAAAUGCCAUGUUAUCAUAUAUU